UGCUAAACUCUCUGUUCUUCCCUGAAUCCCAGUGGAAGCUUGCUGUUCAGCCAGGCCAGCCUUCCCUGAACCAGUUUACAGCACACUGGGAAGAGCUCCUACUCUGCCUAUAAGACCUCCUUCCUGAGGAAUGUCCAGCCUUCCUGGGCCCCUUGGCCCCUCAGGACUGCCUCCCAAGGGAUUCUCUCAACCAGUGUCCUGAACAGACCAAAGCCUGUCCUCCAGAAGUCCAAGGUGCUGACCCCUUUCCUUCCUUCCUUCCACCCUCCCUCCCUUCACGGAGAAUUGAAACCAAAUCAUGUCGAGGUCACUGUGCCCAAGACGGCCUCUGGCAACCCCACCUCCAAUCAGUGCUCCUCUGUUUGCAAAGUGCACAUCCCAUGGGACACCUCCCCUGCCGGGCUCGCCUGCCAGUUGUAUCAGGAAGUUCUCUUCCGCAUGCUCCAGGAACCUCCUAGAGUGUCUCCUGUCUGCUGGGUUGGAUUCCAGCAGACACCUGAUCAUGAUGGCUGUCUCGGGAGAGCAGGCUCCGGCUGGAGAGAGAAUGCUCAGGAUGCCCAGCUGCCUCCUAAAGCUGACCAGGGUGGUGCUGAGCCACAAGCCCUGGGCUCUGUUUAUCCUCAUCGUUACAUUCGUAUCCUUUGUCUACCACAAGUUGCACUGGGGCAUCUGGGAGGACCCAAACAGCAGAGGCCACCCCUACGGCUUGUCAGAUGAAAUCAGUUGUGCUCACUAUGUGCCUUCUUCCCUCAACAUUGCUGCUGGGCCCUCUCCUUCCACAGGGAAUGUGUUUUUUGUGGAGACAUCAGAGCAAACUACCCCAAGUUACCUGUUCUCAUGCUCUGUGGAGUCAGCAGCCAGGGCACACCCUGGGUCAAGGGUCACGGUCCUCAUGAAAGGCAUGGCCAAAGGGAACACCUCCUUACCCAAGCACUGGGCUUUCUCCUUGCUGAGCUGCUUCCCCAACGUGGAAAUCCAGCCCCUGGACUUGACAGAGCUCUUUUCUGGAACGCCUCUGGCACAGUGGUACUUGCAGCCUCAGCACUACCAGGAGCCUCAUUUUUUAGCCGUUCUGUCUGAUGCCUGCAGGAUUGUCCUCAUGUGGAAAUUUGGUGGCAUCUACCUGGAUACAGACUUCAUUGUGCUUAAGAACUUGCAGAACCUCACCAAUGCCCUUGGGAUCCAGAGUGAAGACGUACUGAAUGGGGCCUUUCUCUCCUUUAAGCCCAAGCACGAGUUCAUGGAACUUUGCAUGCAGGACUUUGUGCAGAACUACAAUGGCUGGGUCUGGGGGCGCCAGGGCCCAGAGCUUCUAUCUCGUGUCUUCAAGAAAUGGUGCUCCCUCAGAACUAUCAAGAGCAUGAGCUGCAAAGGUGUGAGUGCUCUUGCCCCAGAAGCUGUGUAUCCUAUUCCGUGGCAGAACUGGAAGAAGCUGUUUGAGGCAGUCAGUGACUUGGAGCUUCACAAACUCCUUGAGCACAGCUAUGCAGUGCACAUAUGGAACAAACUGAGCCACGGGACCAAGUUAGAGAUCCCAUCCCAGGCUCUGCUGGCUCAGCUCUAUUCCCAGUUCUGCCCCGCCACCUAUGCAAAGAUGAAACAGGACUCUGAAGAGUGGGCAAGGCGUGCAGUGUGACCUGUGGGCCCUUGGCUGCAGGGAUGCUCCCCAGACUGAAGGAAGCCAAGUGCCUUUGACCUUCCCCAGAGUUGGUUUCUAGACCCCAGCUCAGGUUUUCUGUGUGGCGCCUCUGUGCUUUUGUACCAUUCCUGAUACCUGCCUCAGAUCCUUUGUGUUUCAUUUACAUUUACAGCAGAACCUGUACGUUCCUUUCACUGGAAUAUUGAGCCCCUUGUGGACGUCCAGAGGGAGACAUGUCCACAUCAGUCAAA